AAGACUUCUCUCGCAAUCAUGGGUCUCAUGUCCAAAGCACGCGGUCUGGGCCUGGGAGUCAUGAUCUGGGCUUUGGCAGUACCCAUCUUCCUCUUCACAAUCUUCCCACUCGUCUCUUCGACUUCGACUGGCACCAGCGGAAUCUAUCUGCUUACUUACAAGUGGAACGAUGAUGACCACAGCUGGUUGAGACUUGGCUACUAUGGCUUGUGCAUUGUCCACAACAAGCACGGCGGCGACCGCUGUCUGACCACUACUGGACGCUCGAGCAAGGAUCUUGUCAAGGCCUUCCACAUCGAUACCGAUCGCAACGAUCAAUUCAACUAUCCGCUCAAGUUGCAGCACGAUGUCUUCGUCGCUUUCCUCACCGCUGGCGGUGUCGUCUGGUUGAUCUCGCUCAUACUCAUUUCUCUCGUCAUUCUCAGGGGCUCAUCUGCCGGACGUCUCAUUCGCAGUGCAGCAAAGGCUACCAGUCUCGCAGGUGCUACCUUGAUGAUCGCUAGCGCAUGGGCAACAAACUCAGCAGUCAAGGCAUUGGAAGUGGUCUCCAGUGGUACGUUGGAGGGCGGCACGCUGCUCUACGGGCUGCAAUGGGUGGCUGCUAUCCUGGCCUUUUUCUUUGCAUACGCAGUCAGCUCUGUGGCAGACUCAGAAGACGGAGGAAAAGCUUACUACCUUGGACGUGUCUGA